AUUUCAAACUUUCCUUGUUUGGAGAAGUACUGGGUAUUUUGCGACGGCGAACACCAUUUCUUUUCGUAAGAUACUCUACAGACUUGAAAUAAUAGAUGUAAGAAUCGUAUGCAUUACCUCUCCCUAGUUGGUAUUGUUGAUUUUCGUGUUUAAAUGGAGUGACGCCUUGGAACGAUUGUUUGCAGAAACCCAGCUUGUCCCCAAAGGAAACCUGAAGUCCGAUCACUCCGAUUUUUCCGCCUAAAAAUGCCUCCUAGAAAAGCUAAACCCAAAGCACCAGCUGCUACAGAGGUUGUAAGCAGUUCACGUUUUAAAACUCUGAAGGUGACUGAGCGCAUCUCGAUCAAAAAUUUUGUGGAAAAACACAAGUUGAAGUUUGCAACUGGAAGGGGAUUUUAUCAACUAUCCAAACCAGAAACGAUACAGUUUCACAAAGAAGUUGUGGUCAGGAGAAAAUCCGAUGGAACCAUGGCAUCCGGAGACGAGGUUCGUGAAUUGCUUGGAAUUGCAAAGGAAACAACAAAAUUUCACCUGGAUAAGGAGAAACUGAAGGAUUUUGAUGUAUUUGUUCAGUCAACGUCGUACAACCGUGUCUUGUUGCCAGAUACAGAGUUCCUGUAUGAUACAGCAGAAGGCGGCACUGUCUCAUCAGGGACGGCAGUGACAGCUUCAGUUGCAUCAGAUGACACUAAACCUGAACCCAGCACAAGCCGAGGAACUGGCAGAGGAAAGAGAAAAAAGGCAGAUGAAGAGAAACCUUCUGCAGUUACUGAGGAAAAGAAAGAAGAAAAAGCUCCGUCACCUGCUAAGAAAGCAAAACCAGCAACGACAGCAGGGGCAGGGGCAGCAGCUGCCACGGGAGGAGCUGAUAUCAAGGAAAUAGUCUUCUCAUUUGAUACCACAGGGUCUAUGUACCCCUGUCUUACUCAGGUCAGGAAACGUAUCGAGGAAACAGUAACUCGGCUCUUCAAAGAGAUUCCUGGAAUUCGCAUUGCUGUGUUUGCACACGGUGACUACCAGGACAAAGAGACAACUUAUGACACCAAAUGGGUGGACCUCAGUACAGAUAAGGAGAAAAUAUGCAACUUCAUCAAGACUGUCUCCUCAACCUGCGGUUACGAUUCUGAUGAGUGCUAUGAGCUUGUCUUGAGACAGGUCCGUGAAGAACUUUCCUGGACACCAGACUCUCAGCGUUCGUUGGUGAUGCUGGGUGAUGCCUCGCCCCACCCCCCUUCGUACCACUUAAACAAACUCAAGAUAAACUGGCGCGAAGAAGCUAAGAAACUCUACAACGAGAUGGGAGUGCGUAUAUACUCUGUACAAUGCCUUAACUAUGGCGGAUCAGAUACAUUUUACCGCCAACUCGCUGAGCUCACAUGUGGAUGGCAUUUGAAGCUGGACCAGUUUGCUUCCAUCGUGGAUUUCCUGACUGCCAUUUGUUAUCGUGAACAGGGCGUGGAACAUUUGGAAGCGUUUGAAGCAGAGGUCAAAGCGAGGUCAAAGGGCUCUGGGUUGAAUCGUAACAUGCACUCGCUUUUUGACACCCUGGCUGGGAGGAGCACCAGUACCUACACGGGCGGAACAGACUACGGGGGACUGGUACCGGUCAAUCCCUCACGAUUUCAGAUCCUGGACGUCGAUGAACGCUGUGAUAUUCGCACUUUCGUCGAGAAGAACGACCUCCCGUUCAAAGCAGGGCGUGGAUUUUAUGAGUUCACCAAACCAGAGAAGGUAUCGGACAAGAAAGAAGUCGUUUUGGUGGACAAAGUCUCCGGUGACAUGUUCACUGGGCCCGAGGCAUGUGACAUGAUCGGCGCUGGAGGAGCAAGUAAAAUCAAGCCUGCUUCGUUUGAAAAAUGGCGCGUGUUUGUGCAGAGUACGUCAUAUAAUCGGGUUCUUAUGCCCGAUACCGGCUUCUUGUACGAAGUGGACACCAGUCGAUAAUUUCUAUGAUUGACAGUUUAGCCCUCGUCCACGCUAAGUCGGAGGAAUUGAAAACGAAGGUUUCUCUCUGAAAACGCAUCAAAUGUUUCCGUCCACACUACGUCGGAGGAAUUUGAAAACGCA